AUGAGUCUACAGAGCAACGAGCAGCUUCUCCAUGACCGCGUCAACCUCACGCGUCUAGUUCGCAGACUAGACAAAGCAAUCGCUGUCCCUGACUGGGAGAAAGACGAAGUGCUCGACGCUAAGAUUAAGACCCAGGGUAUGUUGCAGAAGGUCAAGUUCGCGCGAAAGUUGCUGGUUAACGUGGAGGUAUAUGAUGAUAUGGAUGAGAGCAGCAAGUACCGCGCCCAACAUGCCGAGCUACGUAAAGCGCUAGAGCGCAUCGAACAGAUUGUGGUAGCUGCCGAUCAGCGAGCAACCAAACCUCUAUCACGCCCCCCACCCAUACUUCCGACUAUCCCGUUACCGCCACCUGCUGCGCGCGGCCUGGAACCUUUACCAGUACCCGCCGAGGCCACAUCGCUUCCAUCAGAAGUCGACCUUCUAUUGGGCGCGACUUCAGACUCUAUUUCCUCGCCGGCUCCGGCUGAUGUGGUACCAGAACCCGAGCCCACACUGGACCCUGUAUCGCCCACAUUCCUUCCCUCUCGGCCCAAACCUGCACCGCCAACCUCAGAGUCUAUCUCCGAGAAGCCCGCCCUUCUCCAAAGCUCCGCCGUAGUGCAAGAAGAGCUCACAUCCGAGCUGGCACGCAUGGCCGCACAGCUCAAAGCUAACGCGACAUACUUUUCCGGUGCCCUGGAGCGGGAUAAGAUCGCAUUGGAGGGCGCAGAGGAGAAGAUUGGGAGCAACUUGGAUGUGAUGACGAAGGAGAGAGUAAGGUUGAGGGAUCAUCGGGGGAAGAGUAUGGGAACGACUUGUCUGACGAUCACGAGUAUCGUCGUCGUAUUGGUCUCAUUUGUGGUCAUGUUCUUCAUCAUACGGUUUACGCGGAGAUGA